AUGAACCAGGCCUUCUGGAAAACCUACAAGUCCAAAGUGCUCCAGACCCUGAGUGGGGAAUCUGAGGAGGAUCUGGCAGAAGAGAAGGAGAACCCAGUUUUAGUGGAGUCUGAGAUGGCAGAACCAACUGAAGAGACCUUCCAUCCCAUGUCACAGCUGGCCCGCCGGGUUCAGGGGGUCGGGGUGAAAGGUUGGCUGACAAUGUCGUCUCUGUUUAACAAAGAAGAUGAGGACAAGCUGCUGUCACCAGAGCCCUGUGCUGACCACCCGCUGGCGGCGCAGUCCGGCUCUCCGGCGGCGGCGGCGGCGCGCGGGCCCGGGUUCUGGGAAGCGUUCGCCAGCAGGUGGCAGCAGCAGCAGGCGGCGGCCGCGUCCAUGCUGCGCGGCGCGGAAGCCACCCCAGAGCCGGACCCUGAAGCCGGGGACGAGGCUGCCGAGCGCCCCGAGCCGCGGGAAGCCGAUCCCGCGGCGGGUUUCACGUGGGGCUUCCUCACCCACAAACUAGCCGAGAUGAGGGUGAAAUCUGCGCCCAAGGGCGACUAG